GCCCCGGCGGCCCCCGGUCCAGCCGCCGCCCCCGCGGCGGAGGCCGCGGCCGGGCCGCUGGGCGCGCCCGGCGCUCAGCAGGGCCGGCCGAAGGACUCUGCGGAGCCGCUGGUGGCCGCCGCGUGCUGGCUGUCGGACGUGGCGUGCGGGUGCGGCAGCUGCGCCUGGCGGGCGCGGUGGCUGCCCGCGUGCGAGGAACGCGCUUCCAGGGGCGGCGCAGGAACGCGCCGCUGUGGCGAGGAGGCCGCCUCGGACGUCUCCCCUGGGCCGCUGCAGGACUUCCCCGUCUUUUUCCUCGUGGCGGUCGCGGCGCCGAUCAUAGCGCUCGGAG